CACUAAACCGAGGGAGAUUUGAGAAGCUGCAGCGAUAAGUCGGUCCAAAGUUGUUUAUUUUUCUUCUUUAGAUAUUUGUUUACGGUGAGAUGGAAUUCGACAGGGACAUAAAAACAACGCAGAGAGGCUUUAACUGUAUUCUGUGUAACGUCAAUUUACCAAACAAGGCCAGCUUGGAUCAGCAUGUAAAAGGUCGCAAGCACCAGACGUUGAGCAAUGUGCGAGCUACCCGGAAGACCCAGGAGGAACACAGCGUGUUUGUCAGUGGUGUCAGGCCUGACACCUCCCAGGCUGACCUGACCGAGUACUUCCAGCAGUUUGGGCCAGUCACAGACGUCAUCAUGGACAAAGACAAGGGAGUGUAUGCCAUUGUGCAGUUCAGCGACACGGGCAGCGCUCAGGCAGUGUUGUCCUGCGUUGAGCAUCAGAUGAAGUACCUCAAACUCCGAGUCAAACCCAGAGAGAAGAAAGAGUUCAAGUUGAUUCCCAAGAAGAAUACUGGCAAUCAGAACCUCCAGCAAGCCUUUGACCAUCUGAAACUUCAGCUCUGUCAGAUGGUGUCUGUAAAUGCUCAGAUUCAACAUGUGGUGGAGCAGUUUCAGCUGGGAGAUCACGAGAAGAAGGGUCGAAGUUUAGUGGUUCAACUUCUGCAAGAGGUGUUCAUAGAGUUUUUCCCAGACAGCCAGGUUCUGCCUUUUGGUUCAUCAGUCAACACUUUCGGCGUCCGCUCCUGCGACUUGGACCUUUUUCUGGACUUAGAAAACACAAAGGUCUUCCAAGCUCAUGCAAAGUCAGCUGGAGAACAGAUGGGUGAAGGCACCUCAGACGAUGGUCGCUCUGAGGAUUCCAUCCUGUCUGACAUCGACCUGUCCAUGGCUUCUCCAGCUGAGGUUCUGGACCUCGUGGCCGCGAUCCUGAGACGAUGCGUCCCCAGUGUGCACAAAGUCCACAUUGUGAGCAGCGCUCGCCUCCCAGUGGUAAAAUUCCAUCACCGUGAGCUCAACCUGCAGGGGGACAUCACCAUUAACAACAGACUGGCAGUAAGAAACACCCGUUUUCUCCAGCUGUGUUCAGGAAUGGAGUCCAGGCUGCGGCCUCUGGUCUACACCAUCCGCUAUUGGGCCAAGCAGAAGCAGCUAGCUGGAAAUGUCAACGGUGGCGGUACACUGCUCAACAACUACGCUCUGACACUCCUGAUCAUCUUUUUCCUGCAAAACCGCGAGCCUCCUGUCCUGCUCUCCGUAGAGCAGCUCAAAGACCUGGCCUGUGAGGAGGAAGAGUGUGUGAUUGAGGGCUGGAACUGCACCUUUCCCAGUCAGCCCAUCGCUGUGCCACCCGGCAAGAAUACAGAAGACCUCUGCUCCCUGCUCACUGCUUUCUUCUCGUUCUACGCUAAUUUUGAUUUCGCGAGCAGUGUCAUAUCAGUGAGGGAGGGGCGUGUGCUGCCAAUCACAGACUUCCUCAGCCAGACUAAAGACAAGGAGGCCAUGCAAGAACAAACACCCCUGACACCCUGCAGCCACAGUCCCAAACUUGGCCCCCUAAAUCUCCUGGACCCCUUUGAGCUCUCCCACAAUGUGGCUGGAAACCUGACAGUACGAUCGCGGAACAGCUUCCAGAAGGAGUGCCAAGAAGCUGAGAAGUAUUGCCGCAGCCUCCAGUAUCAGCGCAAAUCUACCAAGGGGAAGUCCUGGGGACUGGUCCGUCUGUUCACCCCACACGGGGAAGCGCCACAGUCCAGGGUGGAGCAGGGAGCUUUGACCAUCAGCAUUCCCUUCAAACCCGCAUUGUUCCCAGAGGGGAUGCGUGAGGAGCUCCACGUGGCUGGAGAAGGUUUCCGGUUGCUGUGGUUUCGUAGAGUUUGCGCGUCUGUGGAGAAGGUGUUCCAAGACAUUCUCAGGUGUCUCCUCGUGUCACGCAGAGAGGCUCAACCUGUGUCAGGGGAGAAUGUGAUUGAUUCAGAGGCAAUGGACACGACCCCGGCCGCGCUCAACACGUCAACAAGUGACGACAUGGAUCCUCCCAUAGAGUCCAGCCCGCUGAGUACACCUGUGGCCGGCGCCAAGAGGCCACUUUCUUCUGGUAGCGACGUUUCUAUGUCGCCUGAAGGCAAAAAGCCGAGGCUGUCGAGGAGAAGCAAGUCCGACUGGCCUCACUGGGACUGGCUGCAGAAGCACUCUGUGUGGGCGGGGAGGAGAAAAAUCAGAACAAAGCUGAUGAAAGAAUCAGACUCGGCAGCAGAGGGCGGCAGCUUGGACCUGGAGUCACGAGUCACGGAUCACAUCAUGGAAAAAGAACCGGAGCUUACGAAUCCUUUGGAGUUCAGGGUUCAGCCACAGCUUGUGGGUGAGACAGAAAGCACGAGGGUCGAGCUCAAGUUUGAGCCAAACGGCGGCAAGACGGGAGCCGUUCAGGACCUCUUUCAUUUUCUGGAAGCUUUUCUGCCCAAGAUGGUGGAGACGGUGCUGGAGAAGGACGUGGAAAGUGGGAAAAGUUCGCCGUCUUUAUUUUAGUUUUUCUUGUUUUGAAUCAAAAGUCUGCUUUAUGGAAAAAAAAAAAGAAAUGUUUGGAAUGUACAUGGGAAAGG